AGCGGUCCCGAGCGGGUCCCGGAGCUCUCCCGAGCGGGUCCCGGAGCUCUCCCGAGCGGGUCCCGGAGCUCUCCCGAGCGGGUCCCGGAGCUCUCCCGGGUCCCGGAGCCCUCCCUCCCGGGUCCCUGAGCCCUCCCCGGUCCCGGAGCUCUCCUGCUGCCCCGGAGGAGCGGCUCCUCCGCUGGCACACUCGCUGCUCCAUCCCCCGCUGCCCCCUGAGCGGGAGGUGCGGUCCGAAGCGCUGCUGGAAUUGUCCUUUUGUUCCUUGAUCAAUAUUGUUGAUGGGACAAAGAAGUGGACGUCAAGAAAGAAGCAGGAAACCAGAGGUGGCACUAAGCAAGACCAUGGAGGCAGAAAUUGAAAUACAAAACAAUAGAGAGGAAACCGAAGAGCUGAAGGCCAAAAACCAGAAGCUGACAUCAGUCUUUGGUGUGGCAGACUUAAAAAAUGAAGCUGUUGGACUGUACAACCUUGGGCAGAGCUGCUGUCUGAACUCUCUGCUCCAGGUGUUCCUCAUGAAUAUAUGCUUCACAAGGAUACUCCGAAGGAUCACAGUGCCACCGUCUCCUGCGCAGAGGAGGAGCAAUGUCCCGUACCAGAUGCUCCUGCUGUUGGAGAAGAUGCAGUAUGGCAAGUGCAAAGCUGUUGGUCCCAGAGAGCUGGCUUGCUGCCUCUCAGAGCACAGAGUGAAAUUGUUUGUGCAGCAUGAUGCUGCUCAGCUCUUUCUGACUCUCUGGAACUUGUUAAAGAAGCAGAUGAAAAAGCCAGAGCUGGUAGAGGAGCUGAGUGAUUUGUACACCAUCUGCAUACAGGAGCAUCUGGCCUGUCAGAAAUGCUCUUUUGAAAUAAAGAGCAACAGCACCAUGUUAACCCUUCCACUCCCAGUGCUGGAUGCCAAUUCUCACAGGCUGAAGACUCUGGAGGAUUGUCUGCAAUACUUCUUCCAUCCAGAGGAGCUGACUGGGCUAAACAUGUGUUUCUGUCAACAGUGUGGGAGGAAAACAACUUUUCUGCAGAGCAUGAAGCUCGUCCAUCUGCCACGGACUCUGACCUUGCACCUAAAACGCUUCUGCUUUGAAAGAUCCUCUCGCACACACAAGCUGAGUCACUCCCUGCCAUUCCCACAAGAACUUGAUUUCAGGGAAGUCUUGAAAGAAAAUCAGUGUCAAGCAGAUGACAGUGAAAAGGCUACCUGGAAGUAUGAGCUUUUUGCAGUGGUUGCUCAUUCAGGAUCAACCAGCUGUGGACAUUACUGUGCCUACAUUCGGAGCCUCACCGAGGGUAAAUGGUAUUGCUUCAACGAUUCUGAGGUUUGCCAGGUAUCGUGGGAUGAUGUUAAAUGCACCUAUGGACAUUCCAACCUCCACUGGACAGAAACAGCCUAUCUCUUGUUUUAUAUGAAAAAGCACCCUUGGUAGGCCUGUCCUGGAGUAUCAGAAUGUCUCUGAGAGCUGUGCAUUGUCCAUGGAGCUCAGCACUUCUAUGCCAGUGCAGACAUGCACAAAUGUUUCACAAGAAAGACAUUCUGCACUCAGCAACCUCGGUCUUCACAUUUAUUUAUGAAAAAAGUGCAGCAGACACUCAGCUAGGGAAUGGAUCCAGGAAGAGUUGCAACUACAGACCUUUUCCUUUGUGUGUUUUAUGUGUUUAUGUGGCUCUACAUGUUUAUUUCCUCUUUAGAAGAUGGUGAAAUUGGUCCUUGUCUCUGCUGCCUUGCUGUUUUCCUUGAUGCUGAUCUCUGGAUUCCAGCCCAGGGGAAGUGUUUGGUCUGAAAGCCUCUGUGAUGUGUGUGGUAAAACUGGAGAGCUGUGGGAGCCAGACAGAGCCAGUAAGAGCUUGAGAUUUACUUUGUCCUUUUAGCACCAUGUUAAAUGCUGGCAAGCAGGGCAGGAGACCCCAAAAAUCACCCCAGAAACAGCUUGGGGGAGGCUCAGAACCCUUAUGACGCACAUCAGUGGCACACACUCCUUAAAACCUGCCUGAAAAUGAAUCACUGCAGGGCCUGAGAUGUGUUAAAGAGGUGUUUUAAAUCACCUAAUCACCUGUGUUUUAAUCACAAUAAGUUGGAUUUAUUGGAGCAGUUCUGAUUUACAAGAUGAGUUUGUGUAAAUUUGUGCAGGUGAUUAUUGUUUCAACAGGCUUAUCAGGCUUUUAGAUGCAUUUUCUUUCCUGUAGAGGAAAACAUUCAGAGCAGCAGAGAUUCUGAGGCUGGUUAGUGAUUUUGCACUACACAGGCCAUACACAGUGAUAAGGAAAGUGGGAUGCUUUGAUGUACUGGAACUUCUGGGAUUUUUGGUUUUGUGUGGUUUUGAAAGCACUCUUGACAUUAACUCUUGCUGAUCCUCUUGGAUUGAGGAUCCCAGCAGUUUGAGAUCUGGAAGAACCUUCAACCUAAUGCACUCUAUGACUGUAUCUUUACAAAGGUGCUGGUUUUGUGGGACUGAGCAAUUAUGAAAAUUAUAUUAAAAUUAUAGAAAUUACAUAAGACUGUAAAACUAAUGAAGAUAUGCUACCAUCUAUGUAAAAAUUAAUUUAAUUUUGGUAAUGAUGAUGACUCAUGUCUAUUUCCUGAAUGUAAACUGAGAAAUCUUAGAGUAAUUUCACAGCUAUGCUCUUUUCAUGGUGUAGCAGGCUUUUAUUUCACUGUGUUAGCAAUGUCCAUUAUUCUGUUCAGCUCUGUGUUUGUAUUAUUUAUUCUGUGGUAAAAAAAAAUCCCAGAGUAUUAUUUUCCAUCAAGAUGAGGAAUUUUCAGCCUGUUCACCUUCAGGAAUGCAUUGCACUCUUUUUUAAAGCAUCUUGCAACAGGUGAGUAAGAAAAACAAGUUUCUGUUUGUUUUUCCAACACUUUGCCUCUGUGAAGGAGCUGAAAAAAGCUGCAUUCCCAGGAACUGAGAAGUUAAUGGAGCAAGAGACUGACCUUUCUAAUUAGCUGUAACUUCAAAUAUAAAACCUUAUGCUUAUGAAAAAUGCCUUAAAUGUGUCACAACCUUCCAGGGCUGUCAUCCAUCAAGGAAACAAUUGCAGAGAUAUAUUUAAGAAUGUGGAAAAAAACCCAUUUAAUUUCAAUGAAAAGUAAUCAGUGGUUUUUUGAA